CAAUAAUUAUUUUUUAGACGUCUUAUAAUUGUGAAGCCCCAGUAUCACCAUGGGUAAGGAUUUAGCAGAUCCGAUGUCUUUUUUAAAAGAUUUUAUGGCGGGUGGUAUAUCAGCUGCCGUCGCCAAAACAGCAGUAGCUCCCAUAGAACGAGUAAAAUUACUGCUGCAAGUUCAACAUGUAUCGACACAAAUAAGCGAAGCUCAACGUUACAAAGGCAUCAUCGAUUGUUUUGUGCGUUUGCCGAAGGAACAGGGUUUUAUGUCCUAUUGGCGUGGUAAUUUGGCAAAUGUCAUAAGAUAUUUUCCAACACAAGCGUUAAAUUUUGCAUUCAAAGAUAAAUAUAAACAGAUAUUCUUGGGAGGCGUUGAUAAACACGAACAAUUUUGGCGUUAUUUUAUGGGAAAUUUAGCAUCUGGUGGUGCCGCCGGUGCUACAUCAUUAUGUUUUGUUUAUCCCUUGGAUUUCGCGCGUACACGUCUUGCUGCCGAUGUUGGCAAAGGAGCUGGUGAACGUCAAUUCAAGGGUUUAGGCGAUUGCAUUAUUAAAAUCUUCAAAAGUGAUGGAGCUACCGGCUUAUAUCGUGGUUUUGGUGUUUCGGUGCAGGGUAUUAUAAUAUAUCGUGCUACUUAUUUUGGCUUUUAUGACACCUGCCGUGACUUUCUGCCAAAUCCCAAGAAUACACCAUUUUAUAUAAGUUGGGCUAUUGCCCAAGUGGUGACGACCAUCGCUGGCAUAACAUCGUACCCCUUUGAUACGGUACGACGUCGUAUGAUGAUGCAAUCUGGUUUGGCGAAAGAGAAAAUGGUUUACAAGAAUACGGGCCACUGUUGGGCAACUAUUUUAAGAACCGAAGGCAUGAAUGCAUUUUUCAAGGGAGCUUUGUCGAACGUUUUGCGUGGUACUGGUGGCGCGUUGGUGUUAGCGUUCUACGAUGAGAUCCAAAAGUACAUAAAUUAAUGUUUAAGAGAGAACUGCUAUAUUUUCCUUUCGUUUAAACACAUUACUGAAAUGAAAUUAAAGGAACUUUAACUGCAUUAUCUAUUUUAACUUUUGAUUAUAAAUUUAUAGAUGUAAGUUCUUAUUCAUAAUCAAUUUUUAAAUUUAUUAAAGGUUUGUUUACAAAUUUAAAAUUGAUUAUGAAUAUGAGGGAUAUUAUUUUUUUACUUAUUAAUUAGUAAUACCAUGUAAAUAAAAAUUAAUGGAAAUAUACACGUAUUA